AUGCCAUUUCGGGCGGUUGUUCUCUUUUGUUUAUUUGCCCUGCUUUGGGCUUCUGAAGUGCCAACGGGUGUGCAUCCAUCAAGUAUCGUCUUUUACGUGCCAUUUAAGCCCUUCACAUGCUUGGAUAAAUCCGCAACUAUACCUUGGGAUAAAGUAAAUGAUGAUUACUGCGACUGUCUUGAUGGAUCUGAUGAGCCAGGUACUUCCGCAUGCCCCGAUAUGAAGUUUUAUUGUCCCAAUACUGGCCAUGAAGGUGUCUUUAUUCCCUCAAGUUUUGUCAACGAUAUGGUUUGUGACUGCUGUGACGGAUCUGAUGAGUAUUUUGGACUUGUUAAGUGCAAUAACACUUGUGGGGCAUUGGCUAGAGAAAGGGAAGAGCAGCUUCAGAAAAGGCGUAAAGAAAUUGAAAGUGGUCAUCAAAUCUACCAGGAGUAUGUCGCGAGGAAGACUAUUGAACUGGCAGAGGAAGCAAAACGUGAAGCCGAGGAGGCGGAGAAGCGGGCUCUAGAAGAAGCCGAAAAACAGACGUCAAAUGAGCCUGCUGACUCGGAAUCUGAUAAUGAAGUGCCUCCAUCGGGGGAAGACAAAGAGGAACAUAGCGAGGAAAUUGAACCAGAUCAGAUUCAUGAGGACUCCUUGUACGAUGAAAAGCACGAGGGCGGAGAGGACAUGCAGGAUGAUGGAUGGAAUCCUCCGAAGGGUGUUGAGGGGGGCGCUUCCGUACCGAGCGAAGACGACGACUCAGCUCAGGUCGUAGAGUCCUACGAACCGCCAUCGCCACCGCCCCCACUGCCCCCACCACCCCCACCAAAACCAAUUGACUACGGUCCAGACAAGGGUUUCAUGAUGCUUACAGAGCCAUCAACGGGUUGCCUAGAGGUGCAAAAUAAGGAGUACAUCUACUCACUCUGUGCCUUCAAGGAGGUUCGUCAGCGUCCGCGUCACCACUCGACAGGUGGAACUCUCCUUGGUUCUUGGAGUGGAUGGGUUGGUCACCCGGAGGACUCUGUCCACUGGUCGAAAGAGGAGAAGCUGGCCAAAUUGCCCUACAACGAGAUGCUCUACGAUGGGGGCGAACAGUGCUGGAACGGACCCAGUCGCUCCGUUAAAGUGAAGGUGGUGUGUGGAGCUCAGAAUAGGCUGAUGUCAGCAGAAGAGCCCUCUAGGUGUACCUAUAAGAUGAGGUUGGAAACUCCUGCCACUUGUCAUCAUGACCCAGUUAAACUGAUGGAAAUGCACACGGAGUUGUGA